AUGAAAGAAAGAAAAGAAGUAUUAAAUCGAGUUGAUCAAAAGCUAAAGUAUCAAGUAGAAACAGAAAUAAAUUAUUGGAAAAAUGUAUUGACAAGAGUUGUAGCUGUUGUGAAAUCCCUUUCUUCUCGUGGAAUGUCUUUUAGAGGUGAUGAUGACCGUUUUGGAUCUGUUCAUAAUGGGAACUUUAUGAUGAGCUUAGAGCUUAUUGCUCAGUUUGAUCCUUUUUUAGCACAACACAUUGAGAAGUUUGAAAAUAAAGGAAAAGGUUCAACAUCAUACCUAUCAUUUAAUAUAUAUGAGCAGCUCAUAAGUAUAAUGGCAGAUAAUGUUAUUCAACAAAUGAAUGGCUGUCCGGUAGAAAGAUUUUUAGGGUUUUUACCUAAUUCUGGUCAUAAAUCUGAAGAAUUAGCAGAUGCUGUAUUUUUAGUUUUAGAAUCGCAUGGAUUAGAUAUUAAUAAUUGUCGUGGUCAAAGUUACGACAAUGCGUCUAAUAUGUCUGGUAGAUACACAGGACUUCAAGCUCGCAUUAAAAAAGUUAAUCCUUUAGCAACAUUUGUACCAUGCUCGGCACACUCUUUAAAUCUUGUUGGUGAGUGCGCUGUGGACUGUUGUAUUUAUGCUUCUGAAUUUUUUAUUCUGCUUCAAAAUAUUUAUAAAUUUUUCAGUGCCUCUACUUAUAGAUGGGAAAUACUUCAGAAGAAUUUGAUUAAAACAGAAAAUGUAUCUCUUAAAACACUAUCAGAUACCAGAUGGUCAGCAAGAUCUGAUGCAAAUGAUAAAACAGAAAAAUCUAUUACAAGAUCAGAAGCUAACGGGCUAUAUUUAAAACUGGAUAGUCUUGAAACAGCUAUAAUGGCCACAUUAUGGGGCGAUAUACUAGAAAGAUUCAACAAAACUAGCAAACAAUUGCAGUCAGUUGAGAUUGAUUUAGAAACAGUUGUAAGUUUAUACGAAUCUUUAAUUCGAUAUGUAUUAGAUUUAAGGAAAAGAAGAAAAUUGUGCUAUGAUGAAGCCAAUAAAAAAUUUAACUUUUUAUUUCAAAUAAUAAAACUUUCGCCAUCAGAAGUUUACAAAAAAGCAGAGGUACUUCAAAAUGUAUAUAAAAAUGAUCUUUCGUCUUCAUUUGCUAACGAGUGUAUACAAUUUAGAAGUUAUUUAAUGAGUUUAACUGAAAACUUAAGACCUAAAACUAUAAUAGAUGUUUAUAAAAUGAUCAGAACUGAAAAACUUCAAGAGCUGUUUCCUUAUGUAGAUAUAGCAUUAAGAAUAUAUCUAUGCUGCCCAACGUCCAAUUGUUCAGCCGAGAGAUCAUUUUCAGCAUUAAAGAGGGUUAAAUCUUAUUUGAGGUCACGAAUGACAAGUGAUCGUCUUAAUAGGAUACUGCGUUGGCUCAUUUUUUCGGAUAUAAUAUUAAAAAAGACACCGGUCUGUAUUCCAAGUUUUUCAUACACUUUAACAAGUCCAAAAGGACCUUCAUUGAAUUGA